AAGCUUCCUCGUAUUCAAAGUUUUCGAAGGCCGUUGCAUUUCCCUCCAUUUUGAGCCACGCAAUGAGAACCCUAACUCUUCUCUAAAACUCCUCGAACCCUAAUUUAUCUUCUCUGCAGACCCAAAAUUUUAUCCGAUGCUACCUUUUCUUUGAAAUUAGUUGUGUCUAAGCUUCGUCUUCUUCAUCUAUUGCUUUCAUUUGUGUUUUUUUGUGCUUAUUUCUCUGCGAACCUUAAUGUUUCAUGAUCAUCUUCUUUACUCCGUUUUGUAUGUUUGAGUUUUCCAUGGAACUGAGUACAAAUAAUGAAUUUUCAUGACGAGGGGUUUCUGAUUCGGAAAAUAAUUUACAGAUGAAUGUGUACUGCUCAUUGCUAUUCAAAGCUUAUCAAUUAUCUUUUAAUGCCUAGAGAGAGAUGAACAACCAUCAAAAUGCAAAGAUCAGUCAGAACUUUAGGGUUACAAAGGCACUCCAUGCUUGCAAAAGGCCCUUUGUGGUUUCGGGCCAUGAUUCAACUCCAUGCAAAGUAAUUGUUUCUGAAUUUGACCAAAGAAACUCGGAGAACUUGUCAAUACGAACAAUUGGGAAUGAAAAUGCCAAAAAUUUGGGACAACCCUAUCGAGUUUCCAGGCCUCUUCUCUCAGAAAUACAGACAAAUACAUGGGAUUCAAGGCCUUCAAAUGGAGGCCACCCAUUUAGAUUUGAGCAUAUUGAGUCGUUCCCUGGAGGCAAUCCCACCAGUGAAAUGAAUUCCCCUGCUAAAAUUCGUACCGAAAUUGUCAGAGAUUGUAUCUCAACAACAUUGGCUACUCCUAUGGUGCCAUCGGUUCGUCACAGUGUUGAUGAUACUCUUUCUCCAGUAAGUUUCUUUGACGAGGAGUUUGAUGACUCUAUUUUGAAAGAAAUUGAUGCCUUAUGUGAACAACAAAGCACCAUGAAGAAGGAACGGAGACGUUUCUCACAUAGCAAUCUUUCUGGUCAAAUUAUGGUGUCCUCUCAGAAUUCUGUCAAUACUAGUGUUAUUUCCUGUAAUCUUGGUGCUUCUGUGAAAUUUCAAGCUGAUGAGAGUAUUGUGAAGUCACUUCAUAAUGGACUGAGUACUAUGCAUGAUAGAGGGGAGCAUGCUUCGAUUUCAGCAGAUGUUCAAGAUAAUUCCAGGUCACCAAAUCAGUCUGAUGUCAAAAGAAAUGUUGAGAGUUUUUCUAAUCAUUCAAUGACUUCAACUGUGGUUAACCAUGAUGAUUCAACCAAUCCAUCUUUAAGUUUAGGUGAAGGAAGUGCAACUGAUGCACAAGCAUAUUCUGAAUAUUUAAAAUCACUGAAUGAUAUGCAGAAGGAGGCAGCCACCAGUGACAUUGAAAGACCACUAUUGAUAUUAGCAGGUCCAGGUAGUGGAAAGACCUCGACAAUGGUGGCUCGCAUAUUGACAUUAUUAAAAGAGGGCAUUGGUUCUUCAAACAUUCUAGCCACGACAUUUACAACUGCUGCAGCAUCUGAAAUGCGGGAGAGGAUUGGAUCAGUGGCUGGGAAACCAGUUGCAAAAGAACUUACAAUUUGCACAUUCCACUCAUUCGGCCUGCAACUAUGUCGUUCACAUGCUGAAAAGUUGGGUCGCACCUCAGAAUUCCUUCUAUAUGGACCUGGGCAACAAAGGCGAGCUGUUAUUGAGGCUGUGCGCUUGAUGGAGGUUGAUAAAAUGACUAGCCGAGAUGUCGUUGUUCACAAAGUUGGGGAAGAUUCUAAAAGUGGUACUUUGGGCUCUUGUAAAGAUAAAUCAAAGAAAUGGCAAAAGUUUGUGACCCAGGCUAAAGCUUCUGGAAGAACUGCUGAAGAGUAUCGAAAAAUGGGCGAUAUCUCAAGUGGAACAAUUCUUGUACUUUAUGAGGACAUAUUAAGGUCCUGCAAUGCACUCGAUUACCAUGACCUUAUCAGCUCAUCUGUAAAGCUACUAACGGAAUUUCCGGGAGUUUAUAAAGAGUGUCAGGAGACAUGGAAAGCGAUAGUGGUUGAUGAGUUUCAGGAUACAAGUGCCAUGCAAUACAAUCUUCUACGUAUUCUUUCCUCCCACAAUCGGAUAACUGUGGUUGGUGAUGAUGAUCAGUCCAUUUUUAGCUUCAAUGGUGCUGACACUUCAGGGUUUGAUUCCUUUCGGAGAGAUUUUCCCACUCUGAAAGAGGUUAGGUUACAGAAGAACUACCGUUCAACACGCUCAAUUGUUGAGGCUGCAUCAUCUCUGAUCCGGAAUAACUUAAAGCGUUGCCAAUUUAAGGAAGCUGUCACUGAUAAUUCUUCUGGUUGCAAAAUUACCAUUAAGGAGUGCCUCAAUGAGGAUGCACAAUGUGCUUUUGUGGCUGAUAAGAUUACUGAAAUGAUAUCAGACAAUUCUUCUGAUCCCUGUUCUUUUGGAAGUAUAGCUAUCCUCUAUAGGCGGCAGGUCUCAGGAAAGGCUUUUCAAGCAUGUUUCCGUACUCGAAAAAUUCCUUUUAAUGUCCAUGGCGUGGCAUUCUAUAGGAAGAAGGUGAUCAAAGCAGUUACUGCUAUGCUUAGAACUGCAUUGCCUGGUUGUGAUGAUGGUCCAUUUCGUCAGGUUUUUAAGGCUUUAUAUCCUGGGCAAAAAGAAGAAAAAAAGAGGAUCAUUGAUUACAUUGACAAAAUAUCUACGUCUAGAAAGUGCAGCUUCUUAUCGUCUGCAAGUGAUGCUUUCAAUGCAAAGAUCUCGGGCAUUUUCAGCAGAAGUCAACUUGCACAAGGGCGGAAAGUGUUAUUUGCUUUAGACAUGAUAUCCAAACUUGUGGGCAAAGAGCAAUCUUUAUCGACGGUGCUCACAUCAGUGGCAAAUCUAUUACCUCAGAGGUACUUAUUUGAACAACGUGCAGUAAUUGAUACAGAUGGUAGUAAAUUGUUAAAUGAAGAUCAUGACCUGAGAUCUGUCCUUCAAUACUUAUUAGAUGAUGUGUCUGAUUUUCUAUCUACACAUGGCACAAUCACUAAAUCGCUGCAAGAUGGCUUACCUAUUCUACAUGGAUGUGGUCCAUUACUGAAGGCAUUUCUUGAUUAUAUUUCUUCAAGAGAAGCGGAGAAUUUUCGAUCACGUCGGAGUGAUAAUGAGAACUCAGUUAGUUUGACUACGAUUCAUCAGUCUAAAGGUCUGGAGUGGGAUACUGUAUUCAUUAUUAAGGCAAAUGAGACUGAAAUUCCUUUGUUGAAUGAAUCUUGCGGCGUUCUCAGGGAUGGAGCAAACUCUCUUGAGGAGGAACGACGACUGCUUUAUGUGGCAAUGACUCGUGCACGCAAGAAGCUCUGCAUUUUGUAUGUUUUAAUGGAUAUGAAUCAACAGUUGUUGCAACCAUCACGGUUUCUAAAAGAAUUUCCAGAACAUCUUUUGGAGAUCCAGGUUGAGUCAUCAUGGGGAAGAAUGCAUCCAUGUUCUAUUCCCAAAUGUGCUGCGAAAAAUGAAUCUUUAAACUGUGAAGAAUCGUUGCCAACAGAUUUGGAAAAGAAUAAGUGUUCUACAUUGGGGAACGAACUUAUUUUAAUUAAUACCAACAAUGAGAUAGAGGGAUGCCUUGGCAAUAGUUUUUUAAGAAGGUUUAAGGUGGAGGAUCGAUCAACUGUAUCAAAUGUGUUCCAUUCAUGGGCAAAAAAGCAAGCAUUUCAAGACCCAAGGAGGCUGCUUGACAAGGUUGGAUUUGUCAUUGAUGAACGUCUUCGGAGUAAGGCAUGCAAAAGCAAGGAUGCUUUGCGAUCUUUAAAGUCAUCCUUGAGGUGUGACGAAGCUCUUCAAUUUGCCCAAUAUGUUUUGAGAUGGGAACAAAUUCCUCCUGAUACACGUGCUCAACUAAUGAGAGAAAAACAGGAACACUUUCAAAAGCAAAGGAUUGAGAAGUCUAUGGAUGCGUCUGCUGCAUCGACCAAGCAGAUUGCUUAUCUUCAGAAAUUGGGAUGUACCAUUUUACCGACUUCUCGCCUCCAUGCAUCUCGUUUGAUUGAGCAAUACAAAUCUCUCUAAGGAUGUGAUUAAUUGUUACCUAGCUAGGCGUUUCAAAGCUUUCCAUGUAUUUAUUUAUAUAUUGUUUAAUUUCAAAUCAUAUAUGCUACAUAGCAUAUACGGAGUAAUAAUGUCAUAAUCAAGUCUCAAAAAAGAGUUCGGCAAAGAAUUGUUGCAGGGUGGAUAGAAAGUUGAAGUUAUCAUCUUUCGAGUAUAACUUGUACAAGGAAUCUUAUUUAUUUCCCUUGUGUUAAGAAUGCCUUUGGGAACGCUUUAAAACAUA